AUGGAUUCAUUUGUAAAAAGAUACCUUAAUAAGCUUAAAAAGAGGGCUAGUGUUAGUGACAUUUGCCCACCACCACUGCUACCUCUGACAAAAGAAGGUAUCAAGCCAGGGACCGAAAACGAUAGGCUUGGACUGGUGAGAGACACCAUGUUCCAGAAUCACCUCAUUCUAAAGCCAGAGCUAGGAAGGACCCGCAGAAGGUGUGCAAAGAUUCCUGGGUCAGAUUUUGUGUAUGGAAUAACCCUACGUGGGACUGAUGGAGGAGUUCCUGAAGCAAUAGGUCACUGGAAAGUAAUGCCACCCACUGUCUUAAAAAAAAAAGAGAUGCCAAAGAACUUUAUUGCCAUGAAUUAUAAAGGAAUAAAGGCUGGCCUUUUCACAGCAAGGGAACACUACCUUUAUCGCCAACACCAUGAUGUGCGCUGCAAAGAAGCUGAAUCGGAUAGGUUCCCAAAGGAUCCACCUCGUCUUCCUGGUGCCAUGACCUAUGGGAGGCCCUUUCGUCCUUCCACACCCAUCAUAGAUGUCCUUCAACAUAAGUUCGGAGACCAGUGGGUGGAGGAGCACCAAAAACCCCAAAUAAUGAUUAAAGAAAAGCAGCAUCAGCGGAAAAGGAGAGGGAAAACAUAUGAUACACGUACUGUCAUGCUGAGGAAAUAUCAAAUCCCAAUGAAGAUGGAUCCACUGUGGCACAUGCCACAAUUUCGGAAAACUGCUCCUCAUCUUGACACUUUUCCAAGUCAAAAAGAUCGAGUGAAUGCUUUCAAAGCACAACAAAUUGAAGCUCCAGUUCGGCGUGGUCAACUAGCUCAGGGCAUUUAUACACAUUAA